CAUGUUUGGCCUGUGUGUGUGGUGCUUUGAUUCCGUUCUCUUUUCUUUUCUAUUUUUUUUUUGUAGUAAAGAAAGUUAGAGGUGCAUUUUAAUGAAAUUUUAAAUUAAGACUUUUAUAAAAAACCAUCGCGUAAGCAACUACCAGACAAUAUGUCGCACAGGGAUUCGGGACCCGUCCCCAGUCGGUGGCUGAAAUGCCCACGAAAAGCCACCGGACUUGUAGCUGGAAAAUUUCUAGCUUUCAAAACUCCUUUGGGAUCACAAUUUAAUGAUAAAGUGCCAGAGGAAAACCGUUUCACACCUUCGAUGCUAUUUGUAUAUAUGAAAGCCUUGAAAGUAAAACUCGGAUUAUGGGUGGACCUAACAAACACCAAUAGAUUUUACAACAAACAAGAAAUUGAGAAUAUGGAUUGUAAAUAUGUGAAAUUACAAUGUCGUGGGCAUGGGGAAACACCGUCUCCUGACCAAAUUAAGUUGUUUAUUGAGCUUGUAAGUAGAUUUCUAAGUAAAAAUCCUUUGGAAGUGAUAGGUGUCCAUUGCACACAUGGCUUUAAUAGAACUGGAUUCUUGUUAGUUUGUUAUAUGGUGGAACAGCUGGACUGCAGUGUGGAAGCUGCAUUGAGUGAAUUUGCUAGGCUAAGGCCUCCAGGAAUAUACAAGCAGGAUUAUUUAGAGGAACUAUACCGACGUUAUGACGAUGCUGAAUUUACACCUGCCGCUCCACUGAGACCUGAUUGGUGUAACGAGGAAGAAGAAAUUGAUUAUGAUGACGAUGAUGACAAACCGUGCAAUUCACAAAGUGAAAGUAACUCGUCUCAGGGUUCAUCAAAAUCGAAGAAAGGAAGGCGGGAAACUACUCACAAAAAGGCCACAUUCAUGCCUGGAGUCCGGGGUGUAAUGCCUUUUGAUACUCAGCCAAGACUCAGUGAAAUACAAAAGAAAACACAAGAGUACUGCGAAUGGGAAACGACUGGAUUUCCUGGCUCACAGCCUGUGUCUAUGAAUAUGGCGAAUUUGAAAAAGUUACACCAGAAACCUUACCGAGUAUCAUGGAAAGCGGAUGGUGUGAGAUAUAUGAUGUUAAUUGACGGCGAAGGGGAAGUGUAUAUGCUAGACAGAGAUAACUGUGUAUUUAAAGUGUUUGGCUUAAAGUUCCUAUACAAAAAAGACCUUAGAAAACAUCUAAGGAAUACUCUAUUAGACGGGGAGAUGGUAAUAGACAAAGUAGGGGAUAAAGAAAUACCAAGAUAUUUAUGUUACGACAUAAUAAAGUUUGAAGGUCAAGAUGUUGGUAAAAUGGCUUUUUUCCCUGUCAGACUUAAUUGCAUAGAAAAUGAAAUCGUCAAUCCCAGACAUCAAGCUAUGAAGGAAGGCAUUAUAAAAAAGGAACGCGAACCUUUCAGUGUUAGACUGAAACAAUUCUGGGAGUUACCAAUGGCACACCAGUUGCUCGGUGAAAAAUUUGCCAAAACACUAUCUCAUGAACCUGACGGACUUAUAUUCCAGCCUUCUAAAGAGCCAUAUGUAGCGGGUAGAUGUGACGACGUUUUAAAAUGGAAGCCUAGCAACAUGAACAGUGUAGAUUUUAAGCUGAAGAUAGUAAUGGAGGAUGGGCGAGGAAUAUUGCCUAAAAAAGUAGGGCAUCUCUUUGUUGGGAAAUAUAAUCUUCCUUUUGCUUCUAUGAAAGUUACAAAAGACAUAAAAGACCUUAACAACAAGAUAAUAGAGUGCACAUUUAAGAACAACGAAUGGGUGUUUAUGAGGGAAAGGACAGAUAAAUCGUACCCUAACAGUUACACUACAGCUGUGGCUGUGUGCAACAGUAUAAAGGAACCGGUGACUAAAGAAAUUCUAUUUGAUUUCAUUGAUAACCACAGAUUCCAUGACGAUUCAGAUAUAAUGCCUCCUCCAAAGCGCAUGCGUCGAUAACUUCUAUAAUAAUAGUACAUAGCUAAUGUAAGUUGAAAUUAAGUUGAAGUAUCACCUCAAUUAUAUUAUGAAUUAGUCUUAUUUAUACCAUUUUCUAACCCAUGACGAAAAGAGGUGUGUUAUAAGUUUUCAGUUCUCACUUAAAAAUAAAGUGUUUCGGAACUUAUUCAUACUUAUUGUGUUAGGUAAUUUAACUAUUCACAGAAUAAAUAAAUAUGAAGAUGACUAAAAAUUAUUAAACUUAUGAAAUUGUAUUAUUCAAAUUGAAAAAAGUUCUGCAUAAUUAAUUUCGUGUCAUAUUUCCUAAAUCAGAUGUCAACGGUCAGUGCAAAUCUAACGGAAGAAUUCUUUAAACGCCUUACAGAAGUAUGCGUUACGUGACUGAUCUUACGUCGUGUGUGGAAAGUUGAAUCUCAUUUCAUAUAUUUGUUAGUUCUGACGUUCCGUGACCGACAACGCAACGGGUGUAUUACGCAAAGCUCGGUGUAGAUGGCAGCACCAGCACACAUAGUAAUAAACAAACAUUUUGUCAUUUGGAAAUUGAUUAACAAAUGUUCCUUUUUCUUCUUGCAUCCAAAUAUACAAUCUUUAAUUAAUUUCACUUGAAAAGAAGACUUUCAUGUAAUAAAUUAAAUUAAAUGUAAAAUUCUUACUGUGCGUAUUAUAACUAUACUCUUUGCUCACUAGUCUGUAAAUAACAUUUGAUUUUUAUAAAAAAUAAUAUUACAUGUGCUAAUGCUGCAAUCUGCCCACUGGAAGGUGCAGUAAUACAUCCUUUUACACUAAGCAUUGUGUAGCGUCCGGAAGAUCCGUCAAGUUUCGACGGCAUAGAUAUUUGUUAGUUCUGACAUGUUCCACGACCGAUGAGAUGCCUCAUAUCUUCCGUCAGAUAUGCAACUACCUAGACUUAGUAUGCAAGGUACAAUGUACUUCAACAUAUUAUUAGUUACAUUAAUUUAACUGUUUUCAAUAAAAUACUUUGU